AGUGUUUUUUCAGUUAUAAUUUUUUGAUAUUGUUUUGGAGCUCAAUUAUUGUCAAGAAGUGCUAGCAACAUCAUUAUCAUUAUCAGUAUGGAAUUUACAACAUUGACACAAUUGGAAACUAAUUUUACUGACUCUCAGUUUUGGAAGGCAAUUAAUAUUUGGUGUGAUAAUCCCCAAGUUGCAAAUCGUAGGCUAUUAGCAUGUGUUGAAAUAUUAAGCGUUGAGGUAGACUGCGAUACAUCUGACAUUCUACAGGCUAUCUCAGCUUUGGAUCUUUCUCAAACAACUGUAUUGCCCAAUGAAGACUAUGUAGAUAUAAAAAGGUUGUUGGAAGUUUUAGGUAUCACAGAUAAAAUUUCCAAUGCAACAUCUGAGAGUAAAACUGUUUUGUAUUUAAGAAAGCAAUUACCUCGAAUACCAAAUAUAUUUUCUUCUGGUAUAGAGUUUUCAUUAUUACAAAAGCAAGAAAAUCGGGUGAUAAAUAUUCACAAAUCAUUCUUCACGUAUAAGAAAUCUCUUGGCCCUAUGUGCAUGUACACGAUUCAACAAAGAAAAGAUGGUAACACUUGCAUAAGCAUAAAUGGAUUGAGAGAUAUGAUAUCCGAUCCUAGUAUAAGUUGGUUAGAAAAAAAGCUAUUUCCAUGUUUGCUAAAGUGGAUGGGCAGCAAACCAAAAACCGCAACAGCGUAUCGACUACCAUCGUUAGGUUUUGUGUCUGCAGAAAAAUAUGCGAAAUUGUAUUGGGAGCUAAAAGAAAAGUACAGCGCAAAAUUAAUAAAGAAUUGGCCGGAAAAUACAGAUCCAAAAAAAUUUGUUUACGAAGAUAUAGCGAUUGCUACGUAUUUAUUAUUAUUAUGGGAGAAAGAAAGAUUGGAAAAAGGAAUUACAAACUUGCAAUCCUUUUUGGAUUUGGGCUGUGGAAAUGGUUUGCUUGUACACAUCUUAUUCUGCGAGGGACAUCGUGGUCUAGGAAUUGAUUUACGCAGAAGGAAAGUUUGGGAUUUGUACCCAUCUGAAACACCGCUGCAGGUUGAUACCAUCAUUCCAUCUUCUGAAACAUUGUAUCCAGAGUAUGAUUGGAUAAUAGGCAAUCACUCGGAUGAAUUAACACCGUGGAUCCCAGUGAUUGCUGCGCGGAGCUCUAUCGAUUGCCGCAUCUUCUUGUUGCCUUGUUGUCCAUACGAACUCGACGGCACCAAAUACCAGAGGUAUUCUGCUGCAAAGAGUCAGUACUCUGAGUAUAUUGAUUAUGUAAAAAACGUAUGCGAAGUAUGCGGCUUUGAAACGUACAUCGACAAAUUAAGAAUCCCUUCCACGAAACGAAUCUGUUUAAUUGGAUGGGGAAGAAGACACAGCGACGAGGACGACGUAGAAACGAUAGAACAUCGUAUUCAAGAUAUGAUCGGUGCGAAAGUAAUAUUGAUUCGACAAGAGAAAGACAAUGUGGGAACGGGAGCGGACACGGACAAGGAGAGUUCACUUCGGGCAAACGGAUGGAUUUGUAAUUUUAAACCGAGAGACGCGGUAGAAAAAGUACGAAACUGUACGCAACUGGAGAAAACGUUGAUUGCAGACAUCGUCGCUAUGGUAGUGAAUCAAUUGCUUUCCGACGGUCGCGUGAUAUCGCUCGACGGGUCGACUAAAAAAAUUUGGAAUGCCGGUCGAUGUCUCACAUUGAGACAACUCGCCGAAUCAAUUCCACGCGAAAAGUUGAUACGACUACGCAAAGAAUGCGGGGGUCUUCAAACUUUACUAAAAAAUCAUGGCCAUGUAUUUCGAGUUACCCAAGGGAAAGUUGAGUUCCGAAUACCCGGCGAACAAAUGCAAAAAACAUCGAAGAAAAGAGGAACAUCACUGAGAAGAAAAAUGAAGCCAUGCUGGUUUCACGAACAUCACCCGAACGGUUGUCCAACAACCGAGGCUAACUGUAAUUAUAAACAUUAGCAGUUGGUUUUGCUAGUAAAAAGGAGUGGUUUCCUCAAUUUCGAAUGCAAUACACCACACGAUAGAAAUCUAUUUUUAUUUUUAUAUAAAUACCAGUGUGUAUAUUCUGUACAUAGAAAAUGUGCUUGAUUUAAUCGUUUUUUUUUUCUCUCAUGGAAAUAUAUUCAAACAUCGA